AGAGGGGCGUGGCCCUCUGGAGUGUCGGCCUCGGUGUGGCUGAGCUUGGGGUCUGAGUGGCUGUGGCUCUUAGGCUGACUGUGUGUGUGACAGUGUGUGCAUCAUGUCCUCCUGGGCGGGGGUGACGGGACUCAGAUCCAAAGUGAGGUGAGGAAGUGGACACUGCCACACCCCGGAGCUCAUCUACCGAAAGUCUGGGUGAGAUCGAAACUGAGAGGCACUGAGUCAGCCACGAGCAGCUCCACAGGUGGCAGGGUGGGGCCUCCCAGUUGGGAGCCAGGCUGUUAGCCACGCCAAGCCUCAGUGUCUUCCUGGGGUAUCCUGCAGGCGGCUGCUGUCGGUAUCAGAAAAAGCAGCCCUCUACAGUGGCCACCACCAUGUCCCCCACACAACAAGGAAGCAGCCCCAAGGCCCUGUCCACCUCCAGCCCCCCUGGGACUGAGGGCCAGCUGGGGGAGAGACCCAGCCCUUUUCCCAACAUGCUGGCAUUGGGCUGAGAGGUCUGACAGGAGCCCCCUGACCACUGCAGCCCUCUCCUGAGGAACCAUACUGGCCAGGGCGGGUGGGCUCUGCUGCACCCCAGGCUCCAGGAACACAGGGAGAACAUAUGUGACUCUGGGCCAGGAGCUCAGGCAGAGCUCUCACCCUGCACUCCUGGGGGCAGCUGGCAUGGACUUCAAAGCCCACCUCUCCUGCCUGUUUCCUCCAGGCUGGGACACCUGUGCUAUCCCCUCCUCCAUUCUCUGAGGUCCCAGGGCUCCCCAUAGGCAAGUGGCAGCCGCAUAAACCAUGCUGCCUCAGAGAAGUGGGUGGAAGAGGGUAGCUGGCCUGGCCCAGUUGGGUCCCUCCCGGUGGCCCCAUCUCAGAUGCUGCCGCUGACUGCUUGGGCCCCAUUCCUGCAAUAGGACCCUGGGGAAGUCCCCGGAGGCAUGGUGGCCCGAGUGCUCCUCCUUUCCCCAGACAUCCAGACACAGUAGCUGGAGAAGGGACAGGGCUCAGUGAGGCACAGGGGUCGGGGUGGGUGGGGGGUUGCUGAGGCCAGGCGUAGAGCCAUUCCCCUGGGCCCUUCACCUGAGCUCUGUAGUGGAUUGUGGACCUCUGCAAUGACUUGGCCUUGGCACAUCUCCAAGUUGAGUCCUCACCAGGGCCCCAGGGCUGAGCCUGGGCUGCAGGACCAACUGCAUAGCCCUUCCUGAUUCAUGGCAUUUUUUUUUUUGGUACCGGGGAUCGAACUCUGGACCUUGUGCUUGCGAUGCAGGUGGCGGCUCCACUGAGCUAAAUCCCCAGCCCUCGUGGCCUAUUUUUCACAGCUGCCAUCCCAGAGUCAGUUCCCACACUGGGUGUGGAUGCAGGAGGCCUCACCCGGAGGCAGGGAGGCCAGGCAGCUGUGUGUUUGUCUGUUCACAUUCCUGGACUUACCCAAGAGGUGGCUCAGCUUGGCCAGGACACAGCCCAUGCAGGUGGCCCUUGGCAUCCCCCAGAGGCACUGUGACCCUGCCCCACUUAGCCUUGUGUAGCCCAUUAUCACCCAUCCCCUAUCUGUCCCCUAAUCUGACCUCAAACCCCUCAUUUACGGAGGACUCUGAGCCCGAGUUGGCUAAAUGCGUGGAGGGUGCCCCUCCUUCCCUCCUCAGCAAACAUGCGCUACCCACCAUCCCCAGAACAUCCCAGGCCCUGUCCUAGGCUCUGGGACAGAGCAAGAAACAAAGAAGCAAACAAUUUGUCCCCAUUCCCAUGGGAGAGACAAACAACUGAGAGAGACAGCAAGUGAGCCUGUGCUGAAGAGAUGGGGGAGAUCUGGGCUAGGCCCCGAGGGGCGGAGUGGAGUUAAGACUGAGGGUCCCAGCAGAAGGAAGAGCAAGAGCGAAGGUCCUGAGACAAGCAUGUCCCUGAUUCAGAGGGAAGAGAAGGGGAGAGAAGUGGGUGAAAGGCUGGUCCUGGAGACCUCCCCGGCCCCGGCAGGACCUUGGCUUCUGCUGUGAACAGGGUGAAGGCAGGUGCAGUGCCCGCCUGGAGCAGAGUGGCUGGCACGGGCUGUGGAGAGCUGGCUGACAGCUUUUCUGGCCCCGGGUUCGUGGAUGACAUGUUGGUAGCUCAGUGUGAUGAGAAUACGUACACCAAAGAAGCUGGCAGAGGUUACAGAUCAGGGCCUUUGCUUUUCUGAUUUCUGCAUCAUUUUGGUUUGUUGUAGAACCAGGUAUUGAGCAUUAUCCCCGCCUAGCACCCCAGGCUCCUCCAGAUCUGGUGAGGACAUCCCCGGCCCGGAGAGACGGCCAGAAGGCCUAGAGCAGCCAUUCCUGAGUGUCUUCAAGAAAGGGCGUCGGCGGGUACCAGUGAGGAACCUGGGCAAGGUCAUGCACUACGCCAAGGUGCAGCUGCGGUUCCAGCACAGCCAGGAUGUCAGUGACUGUUUCCUGGAGUUGUUCCCCUCCCACCUCUACUUCCAGGCCCAUGGCUCCGACGGCCUCACAUUCCAGGGGCUGUUGCCACUGUCAGACCUGAGCAUCUGCCCACUGGAGGGGUCCAGAGAGCAUGGCUUCCAGAUCACAGGCCCACUGCCUGCCCCCAUCCUCGUUCUCUGCCCCACCGAGGCUGAGCUCAGCAGCUGGCUCUACCACCUGGAGAAGCAGAUGGCCCUGGUGGGGGGACUGCAGCACUGCCACACAGCACCCCCGCAGGGACCCCUGGGCAACGAGCUUCCCUGGAUGGCUCCCCAGGGCCGCCUGAGCCGACUGCAGAGGGCAUCAGGGCGAGAACCACUGGGUGGUGCCAUCUGUGCCUCAAGGGUCAAACUGCAGCACCUGCCCUCCAAGGAGCAGUGGGAUCGGCUCUUGGUGCUGUACCCGGAGUCCCUGGCCAUCUUCUCUGAGGAGCCAAGUGGGCUCAGCUUUAAGGGGGAGCUACCACUCAGUGCCAUCCACAUCAACCUGGAGGAGGAGGAGAAACAGAUCCGCUCCUUCCUGAUAGAAGGCCGCCUCAUCAACACCAUCCGCGUGGUAUGUGCCAGCUACGAAGACUACAGCCACUGGCUGCUAUGCCUUCGGACUGUCUCCCGCAGAGAUGGGGUGCCCUUGCUGCCCAGCCUCGAGAGCCCCCCAGGGCUGCAGGAGCCCACACGGGAUCGGGCCAACCCUGACUGUGCCAGCGUUGGGCAACGGAGGGCAGAGCUGAGACGUGGUGGCAGCAGCCGGUCACCCAGGGGCAAGGCCCAAAGGGAGGCACCUGGCGCAUCAGCACCACCGCCCCUGCACCUGGACUUGGCCCAGGUGGGCAGGCCAAAGCUGGAGGGUGGCCCAGAAGCCCCAGAACACUCUCUAGCAGCUCCACACUCCCCGCUCUAUGCUGAUCCCUAUACCCCACCCGCCACCUCCCACCACAAGAUCACAGAUGUCCGCGGCUGGGAUGAGUUCCUCAGUGCAAUGCAGAGCUCGCCUGGACCUGAGCUUUCAAGCCCGUUCCCCCCGGUUCCUGUGUCCGUGCCUGUCUCCGACCCCAGCUCCAGACUCUCCAGCUGCCCUGGCCCUGCAGAUCCCCACUUGUUCUCCAAGAAGGCAGCCUUGCCAUCCCGAGCCUCUCGGAGGUACCAAGGCUCCGUCAAGGGCCGGGGGCCUCAGCCCUCAGACUCCCCUCCGCUGAUGGCGAAUCCCCCACCUGGAACAAGACUUCAUCUCCCUCCAACCAGAAGUGGCCACCGUUUAGGAGGCCUGAGGCAGAGGCAGGGUUCAUCCAGUGGAUCUGAUGGCCCCUUAGCAGGGCUGCCUCUCAGAACCCCAGCCUGCCAGUGCCAGCCCUGCCAGGGGAUCCGCAGUGCCCCCAGUACCCUGCUGCCCCACAUCAGCUCUGCAGUCAGGGUCUAACCCGAGCAGGCCACGGGUGCCUCCAAACCCUGAUGGCAGAGAAGCCCCCCACCCCGCCCCGCCGCCGGCCCUGGCUCCCCAGCUUCACCAGCAGCUGUGGCAGCCAGGAGGAGGUGCCUCAUCCCUGGGGACACCCUGGUCAAUGUGGCUGGCCACGGCCCAGGGAAGGACACCGGGGAGGUCCUGGAGAGCCACAGUAGCCUCCCCAAAUGGAGGAGGGGACCUGAUGAGAAUGAUGGCUGGAGUGGGAGCAGUGCGGUUAUGAAGGGCAGAGGGCUGAGCAAACCUGUCGGGGUCAGAGUAUGUGAGGGCAGACGGGUCAGAGGCCAGCCAGGUAUGAGCUGUUACGUGCAGAGGUUUGAGAGUAUGAGUAUAUGGCAAGGAUGGUGAGAGAGCCCUGCACUGCUGGAUGUGUAGGGAAGGGCUGGUUAGAGACACUGGUGCCAUAAACAAGAAAGGGGAGUUUUUA